UGAGGGUAUGCGAUUGCCGUCACAGUUUACUGUACGAAGCGACUCCGGCAAACAAGGGUUGUGUGCGCUUGCUUAACUCAGUUAUCCUUUUGCAUUUUCAAGCGCCGGGAGGACAACAUGCCGGUUACCGAAGAAUUGGCGCGUCGCCAUUGCAUCCCUAUUGUUUAUACAAGGGGUACGCAUUAUGAAGUAGGAUUUGAUGUGGGGCGCACGUUCGGUCAUAUCAUCCACAGCUUCUUGAAAGAGGCCAACAAUUUGAACGAAGAGUUCUUGCCGGCGUACGAGACGCCGCAAGGACGACAGGCGUAUGAGAAUACUUUGGCCAACGUCAAGGCGAAUUUCCCGCAAUAUGUGCGCGAACUUGAGGGGACUGCUGAUGGUGCAAAAGUGCCAUUUCAUAAAUUAUUUUUAUUGCAUAUGGACGCCAUUACGCCAUAUGCAAGCGGAGUUAUCCCGAAAUGUGAACCUGUUGGCUGUUCAUCAAUCUGCGUCAACAACGAGGAAGAAGAGUUAUUAGGUCACACGGAAGACGCAUUGUCCUCCGUUUUGAACCACUUCUACUUUGUGUCCGCUCACAUUAUCUCCGACCAGCCUCAAGGAAAAUGGGGCGUCAAAGAAGAGCGAUUCACUUCUCUCUGCUAUGCUGGACAUUUGCCUGGUUACACCAUGAAUAACAAUCAUCAUGGUUUGGUGUUCAGCAUCAAUACUUUGAGUGCACGCGAUUUGCGACCUGGAAAAACUCCACGCCAUUUUAUAACACGAGCUCUUCUUGCGGCUGAAAAUUUUGAGCAGGCUCAGAAAAUCUUACGUGACGGAGGCAGUGGUGCCGCUGAUGGUUGCUCAAUUAACAUCUCAUUCUUGAAUCAAGAGGGUAAUCGACUUUUCCACAAUGUGGAAAUGGCACCAGCAGAUAACAACAACGAAUCGCAAUUGAAUGUGCUCACUGCUAGUUGCGGCGAGCAUUUGAUUCAUUGCAAUUCUUAUUUGAGGCUUAAUGUUCCGCAGGUGUCCGGUUUGAUUAUUGACAGUAGCGAGGCUAGAUUGGAUGUACUUACUCAAUUCCCAGCGCCAAUCUCACAGGAUGAUGUUGUUAAUAUGUUGGGUGAUGAAAGCCACAACAAUUAUAAAGUAUUCACGAAUGGGUUUGUCAAAACUGUUGCAAUGGGAUUGUUUGAUUUAAAGGCUAAGACAUGGAGUUUGUAUGCGGAUAAUCCAAAAAAGAACAAACCAUUGGUGGUUUUGCCUUUGCUGGAGAAAAAUUAAACUUUGGUUGAUAUCUGCGUGUAAAAUUUUGCAUCCACGACUAAAUACUCUUAGAAAUGUUUUGAUUGUUGCACUAUAGAAAUGGUUUUAUGUAAAUGUGUAAAAGUAAAAUGUAUAUUGUAUAUAGAAAUAAAUAUUUGAAGAAAAAAGAAUAUUAAUCCACAGGAAAAA